AUGUCUCUUCCUUCUUCGUUUAAUCCAGAAACUGCUCAAAAUUUAGAGGACAUGGAGAAACAGUUCGCUGUUGUCGCCGUGGAGCAAGCUGAAACCUACUGGAACCUUAUAACAAAAGUUGCGGGCUCCAAACUACGUUUAACCAAAUACGACGAUGAAAUCUACGAGAAAUUUCAGGAACACUUCCCGGAAUACAAAGAUCUGCAACGUCUAGGCAAGUUUACCGAGGACGAGCUAAAAACCAAAGAAGCUAAGGAGAGAUGGAGAAAUUUCAUCAAGCUAUUCGAAGAAAAAGUUGCCGAUUUCAACUUCGGCACCCUCCUGAGAACAGACGCCUCUGCCGAGUACGGCCAGUUCACUGCCUGCUUUGUGGUCAGAUUACAAUUCUACGCUUUUGAAAUUGCUAGAAAUAAAAACAAGUUAAACGACUGGGCUGUCGGCCACCAGUGA